CGGUCGGUUGGCGGUCCGGCAAGUGCGAAAUUUAUGGCCCGGAACGACGAGUAUCGGAUCGGUGACAGAAAGUGCAAAAAUAAUGACAAACUCGAGUAGACAAACAACAAGGCGGCGUUUCCAAUGAAAAAAGUGUCAAGUAAACAAUCAACAAAUUAUAAACGGAAACGGCAUAACCAGCUCAAUUGUUAAGACCAAAGAACUUAAGUGUGCUAGCGGUGAUUUAGGCCACAGAAUGCCCAACAUGUUGCCAACGAUCGAGGAGGAGGGAAAGCUGUCCUGGCUGCGUCUCAUGUGGCGAUAUCGCCUGCAGUUUCAGUCAAUGGCUUCAGCUUCUAUUAUCUUUGUGGGCUGUGGCAUGCGCCUGGCCUGGUCCAUCUUCGACACUCCUGCUGGCAAGUUCCUCAACAACAAUAAUACCCACAAUUUGAUGAUGAGCUGGUUCAUAGGCGCCGCCUUGGGUGCCAUUCUGGCAGCUCUUUUUGUCCAAAGGGUCACCAAGAAUGUGGCUUAUAUUUCCAGUGGCUUUCUGCUCAUCCUGGCCGGCAUUCUGACUGUGACUUCUCUUCCCCAACACUUUCUGGCCGCCUGCUACAGCAGCGUGGGCAUAGGUGCAGCCUAUGGCCUCACCCAGAUCCAGGCUCUCAUCACAGGCUCAGAAGUGGCUCACAAGUCCAUUCGUGGAAUGCUGGUCAGCUGUGAGCGCAUCUUCUUAUGGCUAGGCGUCUGCGUUCAGGUGUUCUACACCCGAGUUUGGCGCAACCUGGAGCCACUGGAGUCGCAGGGAUACGGCUUGCAGGUGGAUCAACUACACGGCGUAGCCUUGGCUGGUCUGGGUCUUGGAGCUGUUUUCCUAGCCCUAUCCCAUAGGCUAGAGUCACCGCUGCUUCUACUGCACCAGGAGAGAGACAUGGCUGUGGGCGAGACCCUGAAGGCUCUUCAUGGACAAUCUUCCACGGAGCUGGUAAGGUUAAGGGAGGAUUGCCGGCAGCUGCAUAGUGCCCGGGACUGGGAGCGUUUUGUGGAGGAGCCCGAGGAGUCGGAAGCGGGCUGGCGACCAUGGGCCCGGCGUGUGCUGCCCUUUCUCAAGGUCCUGUUGCUGCGUUGCUUCGCCACUAUGGCCAUUUCCCUAAGCUACAAUCGGGCCUUCCUGGUGGUCAGCUGGCAUGGAUUGGAGUGCGAUAUGAACUGCCUGUACUGGCUGGCCUUCGCGGGACUCUUUGGCAGUGUGGUCGGAGCCUUUGUCGUGGACUGGCAGGGUCGAAGUAAACUCUGCUCUUUGUCCCUUUUCCUCGCUGGCAUUGUGAUCGUGAUGGUGGGCGGGGUCUUUGAGCAUCUAGAGUCCGUGAAGAAGACCUUCUACGACAUCAAUCUGCAGGCCAUAGCCCUUCUGAUGCUUCUCUUUGAGGUCAUAGUGGCCGGGGGCGUGGCAAUACCCGCUCUGGUCUACACUUCGGAGGCCUUUAGUAUUGCUCACAAGGCCCGUUGCCUGGCUGGAGUUCUGAUCCUGGAGCAACUCCUCCAGCUGGGCCUGCUGCUGGCCACCUUCCAGCACUGCAUCACCGUGUCGGUGUUUUUCUUCACAAUCGGAGGCUUGAGCUUUGUGGUGGGGCUGACGGUGUUUAUGCUGCUGCCGGAGACCAAGCAACUGACCCUCUACGAGUGCCUGCUCAAGUUCAAGAAGGUUCCUUAAGGUUCCACCAUACCAUACCGUAUCUCCAAGUUUUAAUAUAUGUAUGUGCUAUCUGUGCCUAUCUGUUAUCUAUUUUUAUGUGCCGUAUAUUCCCAUAUGCAUGUGAUUGUCUAAACGUAUCUAUAGCUAACCUGAGUGCCUCGUCUUUUGUAUGCUUUCCUCAUAAACUUAAUUUUUAUUUAUAUAAGAAAGAAUUUUUGAACAGAAAAACUGUUUUAAAAACUAUUUUUAAAUAGAUUAAAACAUUUUCUUAUUUUAAAAGUCAAGGAAAGAAGGUUUAAGCCUUUAUUUGAAUGCUGCAUUUAUUAUUUAAGAUUAGUUUUAUGAUUUAAAAUAUAUGUUUG